AUGUUCGAGGCUUACCUACGCGCCAUCGGGCUUUGGUGGCUGCAUCUCACUAAUCGCCAGCCGAACCUGCCACCCUCUGUGGAUGAACUGCUCGCUGAACCUUCUUCCGUUCGCAGGCGCCACCCACGUCGCUAUCAUCCUUCGCUGCGAAACAAUAACUUCCCUGACACUGCGCUCGCUUCCUUAUAUCGACUCUACGAAUUCUACAUAAUAGACGACACAAUAUCCUUUCGCAAUGAGAUUGAAUGGUUUUGGCACCGUCACGAUUGGCAGGUCCAUGCAAUACCCGAUCCAUCAGAUACCGAUCCUUUGAGAUACGCACUACUCGGCGGCCUCACUGAGAUUCUGUGUCAGUCUUUCAAUCGGCUCAUAAAUCUGGGACUUCCACGGGAUUCCCCUCCCAUCGUGGAGGACUUCGCUGCUCUAGCCGCCCGUCCAAAAGUACUUGAAUGCCCGCCCGAGUGGUUGGCCAACAUACAGCCUCUGCCAGAACCAGUCUUUGUGCCAAAUGGCAAAGGCGAGAGGGUGGCAGCAGAGGAUAGCUCGCUCGUGUUUAGGAAAUGGAAUAUCUUUAUUGAACAUCCUCAUAGCUAUUUCGUUUGGGGGCUCCCAUCGGCGCAUCCCGUGAACGCAACUACACCUCUGACAUGUACCAAUUCCCUCCUUGAUUAA